AUGGCGCCUACCAAAACAGUUGACGACCGCAACGGCGACAUCGAAGGCAGACCCGAGGAGGAGACGCCGUUGUUGUCCCACGACUUGCCAUCCACAGUCGCUCCGAGCAAGAGUUACCAACUCAGAGUCAUUGUUCUGGCAGUGACCUUCAUUCUUAUAGUGGAAGUUGGCGCCUGGCUUCAGGUCCCGCCUGCAUAUCAGCUCAUGGAGAAAAUCAUCUGCCACCAACGCUACCCCGACCAUAUCAUCUCGUCCGAGGACGACGACAUAUGCAAGGGCCCGGAUGUACAGGGUGAUCUGGCCAUGAUCAGAGGCUGGCAGAACUCGUUUGACUGCGUUCCGCCACUGCUCACCGCGAUCCCCUACGGAGUUGUCGCGGAUAAGUAUGGCCGCCGGCCAGUCUUGUCCCUGGCCAUGUUAGGUAUCACACUGGAGCUUCUCUGGAUGCUGCUACCGCUUCUAUGGCCCGACGUCCUCCCUCUCUGGACAAUGUGGUUCGGGGCAGCCUUCCAAUUCAUAGGUGGAGGCGCAGGCAUGAUUCAGGCCAUGACUUGGACCAUGAUAUCUGACGUAGUCCCCGUUUCCAACCUAAUCGGUGCCAUCGCGCUCGUAGGAGAACUUGUAGUCGCGCCACUCAGCGCCUACCUCUUGAGCAAAAAUCCCUGGCUGCCACUCACCGUCGGCAUGGCCCUCUUGAUCAUUGGCACUUUCCUACCUCCCUUCAUCCCGGAGACGCUGGACCUCCGCCGCGCCGCCGACCAAGAGGUCGAGCAGACGCUCCAGCGGUCCGAAGAAGACGCGAGGGACAAGCGCACGCUCAGGGAGCAGAUUGUCUUCGCCGUGAAGAACGACAUGGGUCACGUGUACAACUUUUUGAUCAGGUCCAAGAGCGUGAUUUACCUCGUGGCGGGUUUCAAUCUCACAGUCAUUGUCAAGUUUGUCAAGGUAGACAUCAUGUCGCAGUACGUGCACAACUUGUUGGGAUGGUCUUGGGCGAAGGCAACACUCCUGGGAACCGUCUCAACGGUCACAAACAUAGUCAUGCUGCUUGUUGUUCUCCCCGCACUGAGCUGGCUGAUCACCAAGCGGACGGGCGUUCAUCCUUUGGUCCGCGACCUCUGGCUCACCCGAAUGAGCGGCAUCCUUCUGGCCAUCGGCUGCUUCAUGGUCGCCAUUGCAUUCGCGCCUUGGUUCUUGAUUACCGCCCUCGUCGUCUUCUCAAUGGGCACGGUUUACACAAACAUUUGUCGAGCAAUCCUCAACGCCGUCGUCGAGCCGCACACCAUUGGUACUCUGAACACGGCCAUCGCCUGGGUAGAGCAAGUGAGCUUGCUCGUCUCGGCCCCGGUAAUCUCGGCCUUGUUGAAAGCCGGCAACUCGGCAGGUGGCCUAUGGCUCGGUUUGCCGUAUAUGGCGGCGACUCUCAUGGCUAUCGGCGGUACCGCAAUCGCUUUUAUCUCUCUGCCAUCCUUCACUCCUAUUCCGAGCGCAAGGGAGACGGCAACACACACCGCGCUGCCAGACUUUUUCCCAUCCCCGCCCACCAACCCCGCCAACCUGCCCAUCAUAGGCCGCCGACGCCGCGACAAGCACCCCAAGGGCCGGCCCAACUCGAACCGGCCGCGCAAGAAGAUGGGUAACGAGGAGUCCACGAUGCUGGACGACAGCGUCCAGCCCAAGACGCUCGAGUCGCGCUCACUGGAUGCCCUUGCCGACUACAUAAAGUCCGGCGACGUCAAGAAGAUUGCCGUCAUGACUGGCGCCGGCAUCUCCACUGCCGCUGGCAUUCCCGACUUCAGAUCCCCCGGCACCGGCCUCUAUGCCAACCUCGCCCGUCUCAACCUUCCCUACGCCGAAGCCGUCUUCGACAUCUCCUACUUCCGCAAGCACCCCGAGCCCUUCUACUAUCUCGCUAAGGAGCUCUACCCGGGCAAAUUCUACCCGACAGUAUCCCACGCCUUCAUCGCCUUGCUCGCCAAGAAGGGCCUUUUGCAGAUGAACUUUACCCAGAACAUCGACUGCCUCGAGAGGCGCGCCGGCGUGCCCGACGACAAGAUUAUCGAGGCGCACGGGAGCUUCGCCACCCAGCGCUGCAUUGAGUGCGGUGACGUCUUCCCCGCCGAUCGGAUGGAGAAGCACGUCCAAGACGAACAUGUCCCCAAGUGCGAUUCCUGCGGCGGGCUCGUGAAGCCGGACAUCGUCUUCUUUGGGGAGGCGCUACCGGAGGCGUUCCGUAAUAACACUCACCUACCCGCCAUGGCCGACCUCAUCAUCGUCAUGGGUACGAGUCUGUCGGUGUACCCUUUUGCCGGCCUGGCCGAGGCUUCCCGGUCUGGUGUCCCCCGGUUGUUGCUCAACAGGGAACGGGUGGGCCAGAUGGGUCGCAGGGCUGAUGACGUUGUCGAGUUGGGGACUUGCGAUGCUGGAGUACGCAAGCUUGCUACUCUGCUUGGUUGGGGUGAUGAGCUGGAGGCCCUUUGGCGCGGUAUUGUGGGUGAAAAGGAGGCUGAGAGGCAGCUUGCAUCGGCCGCCGGCGAAGGCGCGGACGAUUUGGAGGAGGAGAUCCGCAGAGUCACCGAGGGCGUCGACAUCGCGCUCAAGCUCGAUGACAAUGAGGAAGAGGAUGCUGCUGCGGAGCCUACCAAGGACUCUGAGGAAGUCGGUUCCCCUCUACGGCAAGACGGCGGGAGCGACACCGAGGACGCGCAGAAUAGCAUCCCCAAGGGCGUCGUCCAGAGGAUGUCCAAGGCGAUCCAGGGCCAGGAAGAGAUUGGCACGGAUAUCAAGGAUGAUCGUGGCCGUGAGGGGAGAACGAUCAAUGGAUCCGAGGGCGCACCGCAGGACGCCAAGGACUUCCGGGUUGAGGCCAAGAGGAAGAUUCAGCUUGCGGCGCAGGGGGCCGCCACCCCUCUCGACGAGGUUGCAGUCAUCUUUGACUCAACUGCGCCUGUGGCUAAGAUGAAGCACGAGGACCCGAAAAGUGCUGAUUUGCUGAGUGGAGUGUCUCGGUAUGAGGAGACUUCCGCGCCUCCUGCCAGUAUCGAGAAGGAGUCGUCCAGUGGCCAGGCUCAGCCUACCCCCGCUUCCACAACGGCCCAAGAAGCCUCGAAAACUGUGGAGAAAGUGAAAGAAGAUGCGCCUUCAUCGGGGGACGCAAAGUUUUGA